AAGAAAACAAGCCUGCGGCGUGAAUGUUUGUCAGUUACAAUGCAUCCUAUUGCCAGGCGUCUUCUAUUGCCUAAUUUUGCAUCAUAAUCUAAGGUUUCCUGUUUUUACCACCUGUUUUCCUUGGAACAUACUUCCUCCCCACGAUCUUCUCAUCAUCUCCUUGGUUGGAACUCAAGUCAGGAUGCUCACACUGUCCUAACCUCUGCGGCCCCCAGCUCCCAAAACAACCGAUAAUUACCUCAAGUUCCUUAGCUAGCUCUUCAGAGAGAGAAAGAGAGAGAGUGAGAGAGUAGCUCUCACGAUAAAAUUUAAUCAAGUUCAUCGCCUGGACACCUCAAGUGACGAGCGUGGUCAACGAACGUGCUCAUCUUUGCAAAUAUGAAAAGCUGUUCUGCAGCAAUUACUCCUAAGUUGAGAACCUUCUGUCAGUUUGGACCGUGGAAGAGAGGUACUUUUCCAGUGUGACAAGUGGCGUACACCAAGGGGUAGUCUCCAUGAGUGAAGCGGCGCUCGCUAGCUCCAGCCCGCCAGAUACUAAGAGACGAAACUCAUCGGCUGAUGAGGAUGGGCAUUGCACGUCGGAGGUAAGCUUGCGUGGCCUUGUGGAGAUUAGCCGGUCGCCCCACCACCACCACAAUGCUCUCCACUUCCACCCAUCCCAGUCCCAGAAGCCAGCAGCAAGCAGGUCCAGUCCUUCCAGCCUGGAGAAGACCGCGGCGGCGGCCGCAGCAGCUGAACAGCAGCAACAGCAGCAGUUUCUGCUCCAUCAGCACCUGUCCCAGCAGCAGAUGCAGCAGCUUCUCCAGCAGCAGGUGUUGACGCCGCAGCAGUUGCAGUUGCUCAUGCAGCAGCAGUCGUACUUGCAGCAGCAACAGGUAGGUAAGUUGCAGGAGCAAGCCCAACUGCUGCAACAGAUGCAGGCGGCAACAGCAGCUGCGGAGAGUAACAGCGGCGGUAAGGGCAGCAACAAGCUACAGCAGCAGCAGCAACAGCUUCACAGCUUGGCCAUGCAGCAGGCUCACCUACUGCAGACGCUACAGGCCCAGCAGGCUGCUGCGGCUAGUCAGCUGUUAGCGCAGCAGGCCGCCGUGGGACAACCGAUCACGUUGGCCCACAUACCCCAGGGGAUGAGCCAGGCUGAGAUCCAAUCUCUUUGGAAGGAAGUCUCAGCAACCACCGGUGCCUCGGAGGACGGUAAAGCCAACUCAGGGUCCGGUAACCAACCAACAUCGCAGCACACCAGACCCAUGGUUAACGGUGCCCACGAAGCUAUGCUGCACCCGGCCCAGUUUAUGAUCUCUCCACACGGAAUGAUACUACAGCCUGAGGAAAGUGCAAUGAACUCCAGUAGCCAUCCAUUGUACGCUCACAGCAUGUGUAAGUGGCCGGGAUGUGAAACAGUUUGUGAUGACUUCCAAGCCUUCCUCAAGCACCUGAGCACUGAGCACGCUCUGGAUGAUCGCAGCACUGCGCAGGCUCGCGUCCAGCUCCAGGUGGUCAGUCAGUUGGAGAUUCAGCUGGCUAAAGAACGAGAGAGACUAGCGGCCAUGAUGGCACACCUCCACAUGAAGCCGAUGGAGUCAAGGCCAGAGGCAUCCAAGAACUACUUGCCUACAAGUAAAAAAAUUCCAGCCUCUGUUCCCAAGACAAUGGCAUUGGUGCAGCCUCCCAGCGUCAUCCAAGCUCCUGCUUUCUCCCAUCUGAAUCUCCUCAAACCCCUCCGGCACGGCACCCCUAACCUCCCCACGCACCCCAUGCAUAUGCCCUCGCCCCCUCCCCAGUCCCAACCCCCACCCACCACCACGACACCCAGCUCCUCGACGUCCAGCGUGCAGAUCAACAUUGCACCUGGGGGAGGGCCCAUCAGGAGAAGGACCAGCGAGAAAUAUGGCAUCUCGUUAGGAACAGGUAUCGAAAUCUACCGCAAUGCUGACUUCUACAAGCUGGCGGACGUGCGACCGCCAUUCACCUAUGCUGCCCUCAUCCGACAGGCCAUUCUGGAUUCUCCAGACGGACAACUCACUCUUAACGAGAUCUAUAAUUGGUUUACGAGAACGUUUGCUUACUUCAGACGCAAUGCUGCAACGUGGAAGAAUGCUGUACGACACAACCUCAGUCUUCACAAAUGCUUUGUCAGGGUUGAGAAUGUCAAAGGCGCGGUGUGGACCGUGGAUGAGCUGGAAUUUAUGAAACGACGACCCCAGAAACUGAGCAGCUGCCUAACAACACCACCGUCGACUCCCACCACACCCACCACGCCUGUCAGCAGGUCACAUGACAUCAGCCUACACCCGCUGCCUUUGAAUUUGGAGACUCCUCAGGCAAGCAGUGCAUCAGGUGGUGCCUUGCCAUUGCUGAGUGAUGCUGCAGCUGCUAGCUCGAUUAAUGAUCAACAACCUCACAGUGAUGAGGUCUUUGAAGUGGAGGAAGUGUCGGAAUGCAUGGAGCACAGCAUGGAUCAGGAAGAACCAGAAGAUUUGAGUGAUAACAGGCAAGACCUACCAACGCGUGUCAAGCUUGAAUCGUCUCGGUUCAGCAGCACGAUGGAGGAAGAUGCCAUUGAGGACGGCAACGGCAUUAGCAGGGAGCACCCCGAGCCAAGAUACGUGACCGCCGAACAAGAUCUGGAGAACGCCUACAGCCACUCUCAGCUAGAGGAAGAAACGCGCUACUUGAGACUCCAACAAGAGCAGGGACUGAGGUACAUGGAGCAUGGCAGAGAGGGACCGGAGGGGGAGGACUUUAGAGAGACAGGGGAGGAGGAGGAGGAAGAACGAGAGGACGAGAUAGAAAGAUUGCCGACGGUCAACGGUCAGGUGAUGAUGGGUGGUCAUAAUCAUCUGCAUCAUCUGGACCAGGAACAACCCGAAGAUCUCAGCCAAGAACCCAGAUAUGUCACAUCAGAUCAAGACUCUAGAGAGAGCAUGACGGUUGUCACCAAUGGACAGGGAUUAUUGGACAAGCCUGGUCACAUGAUGCACCACAUGACACAUCACAUGGACCACCACCCUGAGGAAAUUGUGCAGUACAGUGACGAUGGUGAGCCGUUGAUGCGUGGAAAACUGGAUCCCCGCUACUCAACCACAUCGCAGGAAGACAUGGAUCCGGAGGUCAUGACCUCGGUCAAAGGUCAUGUGUACGUGGACGGCCAGAACCACCUCCAGCAGUUGGACAAUGGCAGGGAAUAAAUUGUUUGUGACAGGUUUGGCGGGAAAAAAAAUUACAAAAGUUGAUGUAAUGUGAUGUCAUACGUUUGCAUCAGUGAUAUCACUGUGGGAGUUUGUGAAACCUCGACUUGGUUCAAUCUUUGGCUUAAAGAGAUUUGAGAGGUGAAGCUGGAGAUCAAGCCCGAGUUUCAUAAACUUCCUAUGUAAAGUGAUGGCCAUUUUUCAGGAAGAUUUUUUAAUUAUGAUUGAGGAAGAUCUGACUGGUUUGGAACAGUCAGUCAGUAGAAGUGACGCGUGGAGACUGACAAUUCUGUCGUAGUCUUCAUGAAGUCUGACUUCAGAGAAGUUUUUACGUGAUAAACCCAGUGGCUUGCUGCACUGGUGGUCAAAUGGCAGUUGCACCAAAAACUGGAUAUUUCGUGUGUCACUGUUACAGCCACAGACUUGACUUUUUGAUGGAAUUUUGCAUUAAAGUCAAUUUUUAAUAUUGGGUUUUUGCCCAUCAGUGGAUUCGAAUCGGCCAGCCAAAUCAGGAAAGCUCAGUAGUCGAGUGGUUGGGACAUCUGCAGAAAAUUUUGUCAGGAAAUUUUGUCGUGAAAAAAAAAAAGUGAGUCUGGUCAAUUUGUAGCUGUAACAGUGAUACUAAUUUGCAGUUUUGCGCCGCCAGUUUAUGAAGUUUUAGCAAAUUGCUGUAAAUACAAUCAAAUUGUUUUUUAUAAUUAAACAAAAGUGCUAUCUGUUGACAGGGCUGCAGUCUGACAAGUAUCACAUGCGUUUCUAUAGGUUAUUUAUUUAUUACGACAGAAUGAAAGUGGCGUUUUUCAGCCGCUUCCGCUAACCUAACGUGUACAAUUGCAUUUUUUGUAAAUGCUGUAAGACCUGCUUUGAACUUUUCUUGAUGCCUUGGGUGUGCUCUGCAACGUGCGUGCGAACUCGUUUGAGAGACAACUGGAAACAACUGGGUUUUUAUUUUAAACCUGGUUGAAAAUGCUGUGAACCAUGUGCCCCCAUUUAAACUUGUGAAUUGCACAAAAACAAUACAACAGUUGCCUCCAGUGCCCCCCCAUGCGCCCCCCCUCCUGUCCCCCUUCCCCCCCCCCCACCCCCUGUUGAAAAAUGUGCCCCCUUAAAAAGUUUAACCCUAGUUACGCCGCUGUGCAAAAGUACCUCAAAAAAAGGUAAAAAUAUAAAACUCCUUUUUUUUUCAGAGAUAAUAAGAGCAUUUCAAGAUUAAACUUCUUUUUGUGAAAACUGUUUUCUGAAAGAAAUUCUGUGACCUCACGGUACUUUCCCAGAUCAGGAUUCUAUGGAUCGAAAACUGUAAGUAAAAAGUCAAUUUUUCGAGGGCAAACAGGGCAAGGUGUUCCAGUUAGUCCUUCUAAAACUUGUUCAGGCAAGCAUGUUGUAGCAUACCCAAGGCAAAAAUCCUGUCAAUUGUGGUCUUUAAAGUGCCAAGUAAAAUGCUUCUACGCCUUCUUUUCCCAGGAAGUUUCAGAAGAAAACUGAUGGAGAUUCCUUCCUUUUUUUCAUGACUUGUGUAAUAAUAUUAAAAUUCACAUUUAAAAAACAAAUGUAAAUAUGGCUGGGCCAUUUAGCGUUGUAUAAAAAAAGUUUUAAAUUAUUUUGACUCGAGUAAUUCAUGUUUAAAAGGCAAAAAAAAAAAGUGUAAUGGACAGAUUGAAGUAGAUUUUCAGAAAGCUUGAAGCAAAAAUCGCAUAUGACCAAAGAAUCAUUUUUGAAAAAAAAAAGAUGAAAUUUAAUUGAUUUGGUUUAGAGAAUGAAUUUGAAGGAACACUAAAAAAAAAAAAAGAGUUGUCAUAUUUACUCGUCAAACGUAAACUUACAAGCUUCCAAACAAAAUCUAAGUUUUUAAAUUGUACUAUUUAAGUUUUCUAUUUUUAGGAUCUGAGCCUACCUCAAGAAGUGUUCAUAGUGAGAAUUUUGUUACACAUUGAAGGAAAACAAAAGAUUCGUGUUGAGGAGUUUAUUUUAACAUUGAUGUUGAGGAAUGGGAAGAUUCUCUGAUAAAAUGUUUUGAUAUCAGUGCGAGAGGUCCACAAUUAUGCUGAUGUUUUUCACUUUGCACCAUUAACUUUACGAUAUAGUGAGAUGCACUAUUAAAAGACUAUUAAAUUAAAAACUUUCCUUUUUUAUAUUAAAAUGAGAAGAAAAAUAUAUAACUAGGAGCAACUCAUUAUUUCUAAGUACAGGCAAAGUAAGAAAAUGUGUACUUUGCUAACAAAAUAUAUAUAAUACAGGAGAAAGACAUGGCAUCUUUUUUUUUCUUUUUUUUUUACUUUGUCGUGCUUUGAGGCCUAUUCAUGUUUCAUGCAAAUUUUAUUACGAAGCAAUUUUGUUAGAGUAACGGCGAUCAUCACAAUGAAACUUCAAUUAUAGGCAUCGUGAAAUUUGUAUUGCAAAAAAGUAUGAUCGGCCUUGAAAGCCUUGUUUUUAAUGAAAAAUCGUUUUAGAUUCUAUCUCCUCUAUCUAGUCGAUAUAAGUGUCCAUCACCAAAAUGAGUUUAUAACCUUUCUGGAAAGAGUUGCAAUUCUGGAACAUUCUAAUCCAGCAUUGACCACUGUGUAUCCAGUUCAAUAUGGGUAUACCUAAUUGUAGUAAACACCAUCGUAAUGUUACGAUGGCUACCUACGACGUUCUUACGCUGGCUUAAAAACCCUGUUUCUCACAUAAUUCAAAUAGUUUCAAAACUCUGUGAUUUUUGGUACAAUUAAAAAAAGGACACAUUUUUCGGUCCGCUGGCAAAAAUAAUAGUUUUCAACUGAAAACUAGUUGCAGGCUGGUCAUUUCAAGGGAAAUUUCUUUUUUUUAAAAACCCAGAAAUGUACAAUAUAAAAUAAUGACUUUUGCGGUAAUAGUUUAUAUUAUUACUACAUGUAUAUAAUCACUCUUUUAAUUGAACUGGUCGAUUCAUUCUAAUUCACAUUCAAAUUCAAAUUUCAACCAUUCAAAAUUUUUGAAUAUUUCCCUUCCUUUUUGAAGCAUUUUUGAGAUUCUGAUGAAAUUAACCCUCCGUUGUGACUUGGACAUUGUCUUAUCUGCAAAAAUCAUUCCCGCCUCUAAAUUCUGUACAUAUCGUACCCGUCGUUUACCUGUCUGUCUGUGUCAAGAUUUUUGCUACGCCCCAAUUGGGCUAUUGGUUCCAACUUUAGUCAGAAAGAUCCCAAUUUCAGUUGGGACCGUCCCAACUAAAAAUGUUCCAACUACAACACUUCAGGUUACCAUCCCAACUUCAGUUGGUGCUUUGGACUAGUUGGGCAUAACAUACUCAUUUGACAUUGUGCGUUGCCUUUGGAUGAUAACCAGCUACCACAUGAUAAUGGGAACCAGUACUGGCCGAAAGUUUGAUAAGUAACUUUCUAAUCCCAUACUUGUAUGUGUUGUGUUGAACUAAUGCUGUGCAAAUUCGCCACAGUAUGGUAAUAGUAUUGCAAGAGUCCCUUAUGAGCAAUGGAAUUGGCUUUUUGUCAUGGAUAUUAUUUUGAAACAAUUAAAGGUGCUGCAAUGUGACAGCCUGUGGCUUCUAUACACACUCUACUUUGUUAGACUGUCCAAAAUACUUGGCCAGGGCUAGCGAUAACACAUAUGUCCAUGGGAUAUGGCCUUAGCCGCAUCCAUAGACGCAUGUUUAGUUAUUAGCCGUAGCCAAGGAGUUACGACUCUGUCUUAUAUUGCAGGAUAUUACUAGCAAUAUGUGUGGAAGCCAAGGGCGAUACGCCGUCGUCAUAUGGAAUAUAUGGGUAGAGUUUUGAUAAUGCCAUAAGCUGCAUGUCUAUACCAAAAAAAAAUACUUUUGAACUUCAAGAUAUCAACCACAUCUGUUUUAAAAGAAACUAUAAGUUUGAAGUCUCUUGUUAUGCUUUGAACUGUGAUGUAAAAACACUAACAUGUAACUGCUGCAUGCUUAAAGUCAUUUUUGUGGCACUUUUGAAAUUUCGGUCCCGCUGAAAACACCUCUCACUACUAUUGAGAAUGAAGAUUUGACCGACAUCUUGUGAGACUAUUAAAGGUCUUGAAUCCACGUGCGCUUCAAGAGUGAGCUAUAGAAUUCGAAUCAGGGUACCAGUUUGAAAAUGAAGCCACAGCCACUAGACUAGCCACUCAUUUCCAAUGCGGGCAUUGAUUCCAGAUUGGGCAUUUUUUAAAACUUUCUGUACAAAGGUAGCCUGUCUGUAGAGAAACAAAAUAAUAACUUGAAAAGUCACGACGCAGACUUUUUUUUUCUUCCAGAUGUUUACAUUUUGUUUACAAUGUCUUUGUACAUUUCAACGAGAUCGCGCACUUUCGUGUGAUUCUUUAUUUUUGUUAAAGGGUCCAGUCUAUUGUGUUAUUUUUGUAUGUGCCUGUCCAAAUUGGAUGCUGCCCUCUCGUGUUUGUUUGUGGUAGUCUUUACAUGUCUAUUUAUGGUGCUGCACACAAAAUAGUUAAAUGUAGUAGAGCAAUAGCUGCUAUAGCGUUAUAUGGAAUAGGCAUAGCUCUGUAUAAUUUAUACAAAAUUAUUGUAAAAAAAAAAUAAUAAACGAAUGAGCCACGAAUCAAGAUAUCAUAGAAAAGAA